GAGGCGCGAUCAAGGAAGUGACCCAACAUCACCAAAGUGACCAAAGUUUGACCACUUGCCGUGACGACGCGCUUCAAGGCGGACGGUCGCUACUUUCACGCGUUUUCUGGGCCGUUGCCCAUCUUCUCUCUCCUCCAUCAUGGACUCCGAUCUCAUCAAGCUCGUGAACAAGCUCCAGGACACAUUCAGCAACCUGGGGGGUGAGCUGGACAUGCCCCAGCUCGUCGUUGUGGGCAGUCAAUCGGCGGGAAAGUCUAGCGUACUCGAGACUAUCGUCGGGCGAGAUUUCCUUCCUCGUGGUCAGGCAUUGUUACACGGCGACCUCUCGUUCUUCAGUUGAUCCACCGACCCGAAUCCACCGACCCCUCCCCCAGCAGCCCGACAUUUCGCGAAUGGGGCCAGUUUCUUCACAUCGACAAGAAGUUUACCGACUUCAAUGAGAUUCGGAAAGAGAUUGAGCAGGAGACUUUGCGGGUGGCGGGCUUGAAUAAGGGGGUCAGCAAGUUGCCAAUAUCGCUCCGCAUUUACAGCCCGGACGUGCUGGACCUGACUCUGGUUGAUUUGCCCGGGCUGACGAAAAUUCCUGUCGGUGACCAGCCGAGCGACAUCGAGCGACAAAUUCGCAACCUGGUAUUAGAAUACAUUUCGAAGCCGAAUAGUGUCAUUCUGUCCGUCUCUCCUGCCAAUGUGGAUCUCGCCAACUCAGAGUCGCUCAAGCUCGCACGUCAAGUUGACCCCCAAGGAAGGAGGACGAUCGGAGUACUGACGAAGCUCGACCUGAUGGACGCUGGGACAAAUGCGCUCGAUAUUCUGACGGGGCGUGUCUACCCUUUGAAGCUCGGGUUCAUCGGGAUCGUGAACAGGAGUCAGCAAGACAUCAACUCGGAGAAAAGUAUGGGUGACGCGCUAAACAGCGAGUCCGAGUUCUUCAAGAGCCACCCUGCAUACCGGAACGUGGCACACAAGAAUGGGACGAAGUAUCUGGCGAAGUCUCUCAACCAGGUCUUGAUGAAUCAUAUACGAGACAAGCUUCCGGAUAUGAAAGCGCGUCUCAACACGUUAAUGGGACAGGCACAACAAGAGCUUAAUUCGUUCGGGGACUCGGAGAGUUUCGGGGAUCAAACCAACAAGGCGCUCUUAUUCUUCGUCUCAUGACCCAGUUUGCGCGAGACUUUGUCGCCUCAAUUGAGGGCACAAAAGUAGAUGUGUCGACGAAGGAGCUAUCAGGCGGCGCGAGGAUUUAUUACAUCUUCAAUGACGUCUUUGGCAGCGCCUUGGACUCGAUCGACGCCACUCAGAAUCUUGAGAAUCAGGACAUCCGAACGGCCAUCCGGAACUCAACUGGGCCUCGCCCUAGUCUCUUUGUGCCGGAGAUCGCGUUCGACCUGCUCGUCAAGCCUCAGAUCAAGCUCCUCGAGAUGCCCAGUUUGCGCUGCGUCGAGCUUGUUUAUGAAGAAUUGGUGAAGAUUUGUCAUAACUGCACCAACUCCGAGCUGCAACGAUUCCCCGGUCUUCAUGCCAAAUUGAUUGAAGUAGUCUCUGAGCUCCUUCGAGAAAGACUUGGACCGACGUCAGAGUACACGGAGAGUCUCAUCGCGAUCCAGGCGGCAUACAUCAACACCAACCAUCCGGCGUUUAUCUCUGGAUCGGCCGCUGCUGCCCAACAAGCCAGUUCGCCACCUGCACCCCAGAUGCCAUUACGACCGACUUCGACCGAACCCACGAAUGGGACAGGGACGGAGGAUGACGAUGUGGAUUCAUCGGACGAAAAUGGACUACCUAAUGGCAUGUUCCCUCCACGACAGACGGACCGGUCUGUGUCAGCGUCUCUGCCAGACCGCACUCGCGCGUCAACCGGGUCAGCGCCCGCGACUUUGACCUCGAGGAAAAUCGCACAGCCCCGGCCGCAGUCUGCCAUGAGCGCCAUGACGCAUCGGGGGUCGCCUCCUUCGGCUCGGGAGGCGUUUUUGAACUACUUCUUUGGGCAGAAUGGGCCGGGGCCGCUUUCUGGUUCGGCGGUUGGCAGCAAUCCGGCAAAACCUGUCGGCCGGGAUCUUUCCGGUGGGGAGGUGUCGACGAUGGCGAUGGCCUCUGGACUGAUGUCGGGCCAACGGGUGGACGGCCAGAAUGCUGCGUUUGACAUGAAGAGCUUGGGCAAGCACAUCGAAGCGGUGCCGUUUGAGGGCAACCAGCUGACGAUGCGAGAAGAGAUGGAGACCUCGCUGAUUCGUUCUCUGAUCACCUCCUACUUUGGCAUUGUCCGCCAGACGAUCCAGGAUCUAGUGCCGAAGGCGAUUAUGCACUUGCUGGUCAACCACACUUCGAACCACGUACAGAACCGAUUGGUGGCGUCGCUGUACAAGCCGGAGCUAUUCCAGGAGAUGCUGCAUGAGGAUGAGGGGCUGGUUGCGGAGAGGACUCGGGUCAAAGCGCUGCUGGACGCGUACAAGGAGGCUUUCAAGACUCUUUCGGAUGUGAAUGUAAAACCGACAUAGACAGACAAUCUUUUACGAGUCACGUAUUCGAUGGUGAUAGAGAGCGG